AUGUUCUUUGUCAACUCGCGGCCAUGUGGCCUGCCGCAGAUUCAGAAGGCGUUCAACGAGGUUUACAAGUCGUUCAAUGUUUCGCAGUCGGCGUUUAUCUUUGCGGACUUUCAGAUGGAUACAAAUGCUUACGAUGUCAACGUUUCGCCUGAUAAGCGCCAAAUUCUGCUUCAUGACGCGGGGGCUAUGAUUGAAUCGCUCAAAGUUUCCCUCACGCAACUCUUUGAGGAUGCGGACCAAACUGUGCCGCAGUCAUCGGUCAAAUCUAAACCUUUACCAAAACAGCAACCACUAGCAUCACUUCCAGGGUUCGUCACUGCUCGGGAACUGAGCGAAAGCGGUGGUUUCAGAAGCCCAAGUCAAGAUCGGACGAAAGAAAGCCCAAUGCAGACUCCGGGGCCAAGUCAACAGAGCGCGAUUCAGCGCUUCACGAGCUCACGAGCGGGCGUGGGAAGUGCGCAAGCCACGCCGUCUUCGGCUCGAUCGAUGAGAACACCCCGCAGUGCGGCCAAUCGCUCUUCGAUGUCGACGCCAGCCCCAAGUGAGCUAGAAACGCCUGCUGCGGCGGUCUCUGACGAUGGACUUUUUGCCCAAGUAGACGACCAUGAGGAGCCUGAGGCAACACCCGUCUCUGACGAACCAUCAUCCCAGCCACCAGUUCCCGACGAGACUCCAUCUCGCACUCGUGAAGACCCAGAAGAAACCCCCAACAUUGUCCAAAAUGCCUUUGAUAGAAUGCGUCCACGACGAGAACCCGCCGAACUGGCUACCAUCACUAUUGGAAACCGAACUGUAACGUCCAUGGUCGGUAGUGGUCCUCCACGAAAACGAGUCUCAGAAGAUCCGCCUCUAAUGAAAGAGCCACCCCGGCGGAAGAGACGGAUACACACACCAUCACGGCCUAAUAUCUUCGGUGAACAUAUGAAAGCGUUUGCUGCGCCUGGGUCGCAGCCGCAUGAAGAACAAGAAGAUGAUGAUGACGACGAAGAUGAAGAGGCCUCUGCUAGUGAAGGUGACCAGAUUGAAGAAGAUGGAAAUAAACUUUUAAGUGAGAUCGAGGACACACAAGACGUUGAGCAAGAGCCCGAAGACGAGGGCUCUCCUCCACCCGAGGAUGCCGACCAUGUUCCUGACCAAGGUGCGACUCGAUCAGAAACCGAAAACACCGAGGCAAAAGACAAAGACACUGCCGCAGAUGAGAAUCUCGACGAAGCUCAGAAGAAGGCGCAGGAAGAAGCUACAGUUCAGCGGCUCAUUCAUGAAGCGGAGGAGACUGCUAUGCUUCCCCAAGAAAACAGCGCGAACCGUGCAAAGAAGAUGAGCAAGGGCGCUGCGCAUCGCGACGCGACUAUACAACUUGUCGGCACGGUAGACGGGUCUAUUUCACGUCUCCAAUCUCAACUCAUCACAUUGCAAAAGACCCUGCAAGCGCGCACCAAGAAGACGAAAGAGGAAGCAACUGAUCUUGGCGAGAGAACCGCCGAGGACAAACUUUCCUUGACUGUAAGCAAGAACGAUUUCGCCCAAAUGCGCAUCAUCGGCCAGUUCAACUUGGGCUUCAUCAUCGCAGUCCGUCCAGGAGAAGACCACGAUGAGCUCUUCAUCAUCGACCAGCAUGCCUCUGAUGAGAAAUUCAACUUCGAGCGCCUACAAGCUGAAACCGUGGUGCAAAACCAGCGACUCGUCCGUCCGCAACGCCUCGAUCUCACUGCCGUUGAAGAAGAGGUUGUCCUUGAGAAUCGCGCAGCCCUUGAGAAAAAUGGUUUCCUCGUGACUGUCGACGAAAGCGGCGAUGAGCCUAUCGGUCGUCGGUGUGAACUAGUAUCGUUACCGCUGAGCAAGGAAGUGGUAUUCGGCGUACGCGAUCUGGAGGAACUGAUCGUGUUGCUGUCAGAGUCAAUUUCAACGUCAAAUGGACUGUCAGUACCACGACCAAGCAAAGUGCGCAAAAUGUUUGCUAUGCGUGCUUGUCGCUCAAGUAUCAUGAUCGGGAAGACCUUGACGAGCCGACAGAUGGAACGAGUUGUUAAGAAUAUGGGUACUAUCGAUAAACCGUGGAAUUGCCCCCAUGGCCGACCGACCAUGCGGCACUUGAUGAGUCUGGGCCAGUGGGAUGAGUGGAAUGAAUUUGAGGAAGCGGAAGGACUCGAUCCUUGGAAACAAUACUUGGAAGGAGAAGACGAAGAAGAUGAAGAAGAUGAAGAAGACGAAUAA